UAUAAGAGAAAAUACAAAUAAGUAUUUGACUAUAGCUAAAUAUUAAAGAGAAGAGUAGGAUUUAAGCACGAAAGACAACAAGGAUGAUUUCAGAUGCACAUGUGGAGAUGAGCGAAGUAGUGGAAAAUUGGGAAUGAAGACUAAGACCCAGACCACGACAAGAACAAUAAUACUUGGAAUGGAACGUGAGUACGAAGGCCAUCGUUAUGGUAAAUUAUGUGUAUUGAACAACGUAGAACAAGUGAGUGGGUAUUAAAGAUAAAAAUAAGUAAAGUAAUUAUUUUUAUAUUUAAGUUAAAGUGGGGUAGAAUGUAAUAUUGAAAAUUAUAUGUAUUUAUUUUGGAUUGAUUUUAAUGUAACAAUUAUUUUUGCAUCAAGAAAUAGUACAUUUCAUAAAUAUAGCUUGAUCAUAUUUCCAUUUCUAUCAAGACAUACUAGCGUCUUUGGUUGUGGAUUCCUCUAUGUAGUUCUAAUUCUCUUGCUUCAUCCUUCUUAUUUUUUAAAAUUUUAUUUUAAUGUUUACUAAAUAAUAAAUUAUUAGCUCCUCCUUUGAUCUAGUUAAUCAAGAAAAUUUCAUUAUUGAAAAAUUAAUUUGUUAUGCAAUAACUUGAGAAAGUUUUAAUCCUAAUGUGAAUUGACUGAAAGUAUUUUGACUAACACAACUUAACUAUAUUAUAGUUUUUCUUCCUUCACACACUAUAGCAAAAUUAUUUAGAGACAUUAUUAUGGAUAGAGUUACAUCAUGUAGAUUAAUCAUGAAAAUGGCUAUUUGAUUGGCCUAAUCUAUUUUGCAUGGUUUGGUUUGUUAUUAAUAUGAUCUUCAAAGAUUUGCAACUCUUAAAAUACGGAUGGGUAUCCCAACAUGGUUAAAGACGAAUGCGAGUGGAGCGAAGUGGUGGGAGCAUUCCUUGCAUAGGAAAUUUUAAACAAAAAAUGGAAAGAGAGUUGCAAGGCUUCUUUAACAGAUUGCUGAUUUCUGACAGCUGUCACGGCGCCUCUCUUUCACUAGACAAUUAGUCUAGUCAAGAGAGGCGGUGUUACACUGUCAAAACUAAGCUCUGUGGUAAGUCUAAUUGUGUAUGUUAAAAUGCAUUCAUAAGAAUGAUGAGUCCCUGGGACACAUCGGAGUCUCCAUGUGCAUGGUUUGGUGCGGGGAAGGAGAAAAAGGUAGUGAGUCUGGAAUCGGAUUCCAAACAGUUGAAAGGAAGCUUAUCUCCUGCAAUUGGAAGGCUUUCUGAGCUUAAAAAGCUUUCUUUUGCCAAUAACUUGCUGGUUGGGAGGAUCCCAAAAGAGUUUGCUUCUUGUCUGAAGUUGGAAGUUGUGGACCUGAGUGGAAACAAGCUUUCUGGACCAAUUCGUUCUGAAUUCGGCAAUCUCAGGAGCCUCAAGACUCUGUGGCCGGCCACUAAAAGCUUCUCCGAAUAGUAAAACAGCAACCUCUGAUUUGUCUUCUUCAGCGUCGUCAUCAUCUUCUUCUUCAAAGCUUUCGGCACAUGAUCAACUGGAGAAGCAACAAUCACAAAGCCUUCUUUCAAGUGUUUUAAAGAGGUCAAUUCCUGAAUCUUCACUCUGAACUGCUGCAAAAACUUGGAUUAUGUUAGAAGGUUUUGGUAAGUUACCUCCAUCUCUAGCACCAGCUCCAGCACCAAGUCAUAAUGAAAAAAUGGUACACUAGCCCCAACACCAGCAAAGCAUAAGAAGAAGAAGAAAAAGUUGUCAAUUACAAAGUGGGUUUUGGGUGAUUCAUUGGGACUAAUAACAGGAGCAAUCUCUGCAGUUAUGUGUUCAUUUGUGUAUAGAAUGCUCUUGUGCUGUAUCCGUGGAAGACCCAAGGAUCAGGGUGCUAAGAUUUACAGUUCCUUAAUUAAAAAGGCUAAGGAUUUAGCCUUCUUAAAUACAGAGGAUGGUUUCAGAUCAGCAGAGCUCAUAGGAAAAUGGGGUUCUGGGGAAGUUUACAGGACACAGCCUCAAUAUGACACGGAAAUUGCCAUUAGGAAAAUUGCUCAACCAUCUCUCAAUUCAACAGAUAUAUCAGAUGAAGACACUAAGCUUCUUCACAGAAGAAGGCGACAAAUUCGUCCAGAAUUGGAUACUUCAGGCCAUAUAAGGCACACAAACCUUGUUACUCUUCUAGCCUAUAUUGGAAGGCCUGAUUGCCAUCCAUUAAUCUAUGAUUAUAUGAAAAAUGGUAGUGACCAUCGAGCCUUAGAAGAGGUUGGUGAAGGCACUCUAUAAUUAGCAUGGCCUGUUCGUCAUAAGAUUGCCAUGGGAAUUGGUACAGGUCUACAGUAUUUGCACUUCUACAGCACUCCAAAAAUCAUUCACCGUGAUUUGAAACCUGGAAACAUCCUCCUUGAUGAGUACUUUGACGCCCAUGUUGCAGAUUUUGGCCUUGCAAAGGCCCUCCCUGAAACAGCCACACACGCUACUACCUCAAAUGUAGCAGGAACAGUAGGGUACAUUGCCCCUGAAUAUUACCAGACCUUAAAGUUUACAGACAAGUGUGAUGUUCAUAGUUUUUGGGUUGUUCUUGCUGUUUUGGUUAUAGGUAAAAUUCCAUAUGAUGAUUUGUUUCAAACAAUCCCACAGGAUAGUAUUUAGAGAUGGUUGAGAAAUGUGAUCAAAAACAGCAUCUGGUGCCAUACAUCCACGAUUCCACAGAUUAGAGGACAGGGCUAUGAUGAUGAAAUCUUCCUUGUCAUGAAGAUUGCUUUCUUUUGCACUGAUGAUGACCCCAACAAGUGACCUAAUACCAGAGACGUACUCACCAUGCUUUCUUGUUUAGUAUGACGAGGUCUAUUAGUUAGACCACGUUCUAAUUGUUGCAUAGUAAUUGUUGACUUAAUGAAUAGUGAAAAAAUAAUUGUUGUAGCUUUAAAGAUGUCACUGUUCAUCAUGAGUAUUCUUAUGUGCAUGUUCAAAUGAAUAUCAAAAAAAAAAAUAAUAAAGAAAAAUGAAAGUCCAAAUCAUUGCCAUCUUCAACUAAAUCAUAUUUUAAAGUGUUUUAAAAAUAAAAUUCUUAUGAAAAAGAUUUGGAAAAAUAAAUCAUAUAGAAUAAAAGUGGAGAUGAGGUAGACAAACACACUAUUAAUGUGACAUCAUGAUAAAUAAGAAUUAAAAUGUAUUUAUAUUAGGGUAGACCAAAACAAGGUUAAGAUUGUAUAUAAACAUUUAAAAUUAUAACUCCCUAUAUCUAUUUAUUAUUCAUUGUUUCAAAAGGUAAGGGAUUUUGGUUU